AUGAAUUCUCUCUCUUCUUUUUUCCUUAUUUGUGUUUUUCUCAGGUUGUUAGAGAGCUCCAUGCUCAAUGCAGAAGUGAAAGAAGGAGAAAUUCUGCCUCCAACCAUUCAAAAGCUGAUGAAAGGAUAUAACAAGUACCUGAGGCCUUUCUUUGACAAUGGUCCUGUGACUGUUGGUAUGAGUUUGGAUGUUGCUAGCAUUGAUACCAUAUCAGAGAUCAACAUGGACUACACAGCCACCAUAUUCCUUCGUCAGCGCUGGACAGAUGAGCGUUUGGUAUUUGAAGGGAACAAGAGCCUGAGCCUUGACGGGCGACUAGUGGAGCUACUAUGGGUCCCCGACACCUUCAUUGUGGACUCCAAGAAGUCUUUCCUUCAUGACAUCACCGUGGAGAACAGACUGAUUCGCAUCUUUCCAAACGGGACUGUCCUUUAUGCAUUGAGAAUUACAACCACUGUGGCUUGUAACAUGGAUUUGACUAAGUACCCAAUGGACAAGCAGACCUGCACACUUCAACUGGAGAGCUGGGGCUACAACAUCAAUGAUGUCAUGUUCUACUGGACCAGAGGAAAUGAGUCUGUCAGCGGCCUAGAUACUCUUCAGCUUGCUCAGUACACGGUUGAAGACCACUACACCUCUGUGUCGGAGGCUAUCUAUGAAACUGGUCACUACCCUAAGCUGGUGUUCCACUUUGAGCUGAAAAGAAGCAUCUUGUACUUCAUCUUGGAGACAUAUGUCCCAUCAAGUCUUUUGGUGGUCCUCUCUUGGGUCUCCUUCUGGAUUUCUCUGUCAUCUGUACCAGCACGAAUUUGUAUAGGAGUAACCACGGUACUGACAAUGACCACUCUGAUGAUGGGUGCUCGCACAUCUUUACCCAAUGCCAACUGUUUCAUCAAGGCAAUUGACGUGUACUUAGGAAUCUGCUUCAGCUUUAUCUUCGGAGCCCUGAUCGAGUAUGCUGUGGCUCACUUCUGCACCCUCACUUAUAGUGACACACACAUGCUCAUGUAUGGUCACCAAAUGCACAACUUUGAUGACGAGAUGAAUGGCAUCGUCACCACCAUCUCCAGCCACUCUGACAGGGCCAAAAGACGCAAGGAGCCAGACCCAGGUCCAGCCGCUGCUUCCGCCUCCAACGAAUUGGCAAUCGACCCAUCCAGCCCGACAGGCAGUGAGCCCAAGCCUGAGGCGCCCCCUCCAGAACCUACCAAUUGGUGUCUAACUGUUCUGGCUACCCUUCGCAAACUUCUCAGUUUCAUCAGCUGCUGUCACAUCAAUAAUCCACACCACAUAGACAACUACUCAAGAGUCACCUUCCCCUUAUCAUUUGUCAUUGUUAAUCUUCUUUACUGGACGUAUUAUUUGUACUUUUAG